AAUCUUUUCAUUAUUAUCAUCAUCAAACCCUUUUCUCUCUCUUUUUUCUCUGGGUAUUUAAACUCAGAUACAAUGGAUAAAUAUCAAAAUUGAUUCCUAUCUGAGCUCAAUUAGUUAAACUUUAUUGCGACUCCACUUCUUACUUGUGAUUAAUCACUUGUGUGACAUCAAAUACAUCAAUCAAAUUUCUUUCCCUUUGUGACAAGUUUGUUAAAAAAAGAGUUUAGCUUUUUCCCUUUGUUAUUGUUUUUCUAGACUCUUUCUCUCUGGUUCACUUUGUUUCUCAAACCAACACAUCUGAAUUCAACAUGAAAUUUCUUGGUCUUAUUAAUUUAAUUGUUUUCUCGUUAUUGUCAACCAUUUUGGUCAUCAAUGGAGUAACCGGUUUUCGCCUAAGACGAGCAUUGUUUGAUCCAGUAAUGAACAAUCCAGCCUCUACGACUAAUCUUGGUCAAUCUUCAUUUCCCUGGUUUGGUCCUUCUCUAUCUCAACAAAGCUUUCCAUUCCCCAAUUUUCCCAGUGCCGACCAGAUAAGGAGACAAGUCCAAAGCUACAUUUCGGCUGUGACACAACACAUCAAAGAUCAACAAGUACAGAACUCUGUUAAUUGUACUCCAUCAGAAACCAAGACGGAAAUUAUCAAUAUAAAUGGCCGUAGAUAUAAUCGCACCGUAACAACUUGUUUAGCCAGUGGAUCAGGUUCAGCGGCAAGCGCUAUAUCAUCAUCCACAAUACCAUUGGAUAAUUAAUUCUGAUGACGCAUCAAAUUAUAUCGGCCUUAAUCACAUUAUGCAUGUCCAACAUCAUAUUUUUCUGCUUCAUCAUUUGUACUCGUUGCCAAACAAGUUAUUAAUCAAUUCAAGUUCAAAAACUUUAAGCCUUUGGUUAUGGGUCUUUGGUUUCAUGAUUUCUUUAAACAACAAAUGUAUAGUUUUACUUCAUAUUAUUGCAAUGGAAAAUGGAUAUUAAUUUAGUUAUCUAGAUCGGAUCAACUGGAUUUGCCUUUUUUCUCAAAAAUCUACAAAUUUGGUGUCAUUCACACCUAUUGCAUCUUAAAGACAAGUUAAUUACAAUGACAAAUUGAAUAUAUUUAAAAGCGUUCAACUGUAAACCAUAAACAAUCCAAGUUAACUCUGCAAAAUAAAAUACAAAAAUUUUGAAAUAUCAA